AUGUCAGCAGAAAUGCAAAAAAUUGUGAGUGAUUACAGAUCUGCCUUGGGAACCCUCACCAACAAUUCCAGGACUCAAAUACAAAAGUUGACAAUACUAGCCAGUAAGAGGGUUGAAUACGCAUCCGAAAUUGUCAAAGUUAUAGAGGAACAUUUGCAAAAAUUAGAAGCAGUGCAGUUGCCAGUGCUCUAUCUUGUCGAUUCGAUUGUCAAGCAUCUUGAGGGGAUUUACUUGAAGCGAUUUGCAGAGAACAUUGCAGAGACAUUUCGUAAUGUCUUCGUAAAGCCACAAGUUACUAUACUUGAGGAUGGAAAACGGAAGGCGUGGGUCGAAUACCAGCAGAAAAUACUGGAACUUCAGAGGAAAAAAGCCGAAUUGGAAAACUUGCUAGCCCAAAUAAAUAUUGAGCAGCAGCAGGACCCAGAGGAGAAAACUCUUAGGGCCGUGCAUGUUCGACCAGAAGGUGCAACCCAAGAAGGACAAGGACAUCCAGUACUGCCUACGAACGCAUAUGAGCAAAGUGCGCUACAAAAGUUGUCUGAUUCUUCAUCCCAACAAUCGGUUAAUAAGAGACGAAGUGAUGAAUCCGCUGGACAUGGAACCGUCAAGAAAAUGAAAUCUGACGGAUUAUUAAGACAUGAAGACGUGGACUCAUACCCAAAGAUGCAGCAAUCCAGAGGUUCUCCAAUCAUUCAAUCACCAGGAUACGUUUCACAAUCCGACUUCAGAGAAUAUUAUUUUGAUAUGAACUACAAUCUCGAGUUAAAUACAAAAGCUGCAGUUUUCGGCCAAUGGAGUCCAAAUGGUUCCACAAUACCGGGAUCUUCAGAUGAUUCAUUGUCGCCACCGCCAAGUCUUUCUCCGAGUCUGGAUGUGAGUCAGCUUUUUCAAAAGCUGGUGGACACUGGAAUUGUAUCCACUCUUACUCAAUCUACAGCUCAAUCGGAAAAUCUUGAGCAACUGCAAAAGGAAUCCACGGCUGAUGUCAUUACUUUCGACAACCCCAAGACGCUCAAAAAACCGGCGAAUUUCACUGCUUUAUACGCUGGACCCACUCAAUGUGGCUCGUGUGGCGAGCGGUUUUUACGUAAUGAAUGCAAAAAAUAUCGUGAACACUUGGACUGGCACUUCAGGCAGAACAGGAGGGAAAAGGAGUCUCGUAAGAAGCGGCCGAUGAGAGCCUGGUACUUUAGUGUCAAUGAUUGGGCGCAGUCUGAUACGUCUGAUGACAAAAAACCAAGCUGGUUUGAAGAACCAGAGCAGCAAAAACGAGCAGCAGCUGCUGAAGAUUGUUCACGAAACACAGUUCAACCCAGUGUACCAAGUACUAGUGAUAGAAACCCACAUUGCGUAGUGUGUCACGAUGGCUUUGAGGAGUUUUACAACGAAGAUGAGGAGGAAUGGCACCUAAGGCCGGCGGUUAGAUACGCAAACCAGAAUUAUCAUCCACUUUGUCUUGACGACUCCAAGGUCAGUAUUCAUUAG